UCACCACUCGCCCGUCUCAAUUCUCGCUCAGCACUCGUGCUGACUGGUUGGUCGGUCGGUUGCUCGCUCGCUACAGUUUAGUUCGCGAAUCGUCGUCGCGGGGUGGUGGCACUGGUUCACGUUUCACUGCAGCUGGAUAGUGGAGGAGGGUUGUUGGGGCUCAUCAUCUUCAUCAUCCUCUUCUCUUGAUUGCUGGCUGCUGCUGCUACUGGUGCGAGAGUGUACAUAGGCCAACCUAUGAAAAAGAAGAAGAGGGAGCUGUAAGGUGAUGCAAAAGAGGUAUUUUUUCGUCGGGUAAAAAUAGUAAGUGAUUUGUGUGGUAAUGAAUGAAAUUUGCAAAAUAUUCGCAUUCGUCGUCUAGAGAACUUGGCAAAGUGGCGAUUUAUUGUGACCGAUCGAAGGCGGCCCAGAAAACAAAGCUGCCAAAUAGGUUGGUUCGUUUGAUUGCAGCAGAGGAGGAAGAAGAAGAAUUUCUCCACGAAGUUACGACCUACUGUGUGCAAUGGGUCUUCAUAUAAAUUCAAGCAACCGUGAAAGAAUAGCGGAUGCAUAACACCACUUUUCGGUGGAAGUCGUCAGCGUUGUUGAAUAAAGCAAAAGUGUAUAAGCAAAGGUGAAGAGCUUUGUGCCAAUGGCUUCAGAUAGAGGCCGAAGAAGAGUGAAGAAAAAAUUGGCCAUAGUUUGGUGGUGGUAGCCCAUUUCUCGCAUAUUGUGUAUGAGGUUUUGCCAAGCAGCAGGAAGUACAGCAUACAUACAUGCAUACACGUAUAGGCGAGGAGGGAGUGUUGAUUGGGCGAGAUUUGCCACAAUAAAUCAGGUUUUGCAGCCAGCCAACCCACCUUCCUGUCCUCCAGCUAUGCAAGGCAAGAGUUGCACUCAUAAUGCAGAAUAUGGUGUUCAGGGCGGGUUUCUGGAGCAAGAUCAGGAAUGCAAAAUGAAUUGAUUUUUUUAAUAAUCGUGAAAAUAUAUAAAACCAGUGAUAAAUUACAGUGGUAGGUGGCAGGCUGAUAAUAAAGCGGAAAAUGUUGCACUAGCCGCAGGGCAGCAAAGUAUAGUGAUCAAACAAGAACGUGAGUGAGAAGGGUACAUAUAGGGGAGAAGGUGGCAGGCAGACGUGAAGCUGUAGAAGGAGCCAAGCGCAGAAUAAAACAUACACACAAUAUAGGGCGCAGUCAGUGGAAGAGAUUAGUUCCGUGUGCGGGCGGGACCUGAGUGCUGAAAGCCAAAACACUCAAGGCAACGUUUGCAGCCGUACUGGAUAAAUGAAUAUUCAUAUGUGUACCAUUCGAGGCGAAUGCAUCACCCUAGCAGUAGUAGCACCGGAACCACCGGCUGUCAUCCUCAGCGGGACUGGGUUCUAAAGCGGAACGACUAGACUACUUCUGCUCCUCAGAAGCGCGUUCGAAACUUAGGAGACGCCAUCAUGUCCGGCGGAAAAGAUCGACGUUCGCGGGCCAGCAAAACCCAAGGCUGGGAGGAAGCCGGCGGCGAGUUCUACCAGGAAAGCUACCCCGCCGAUCUGGAGGGCAUGCAGCGGGAUCCGUCCAAGAUUGCGACCCUGUUGCCCUCAAAGCAAACCAGAAAUGCUACAACUCGACGAGUGCGGCCGUCCCAGCAGGACACGAAGGGAACUCGUAGGAGGACCAGCUUUUCGACGGUGGCUCGGCGCGGUUCGCAAUACCAUGAGAUUCAAGUGGCAACGCUUCCAGAUUUAUCAGAAAAUCUUAUCAACGAGGAACGCACAUGGGAGGAGAUCCAGGAGAUCAAAUCGAUGCCUGUUCCGAUGGCACAAAAGCGAGAAAUGAAAGCACAAUUACAGAAUGCCACUAAACUCCGCCUACAGGGGUUCGAACAGAUCAAAUGGCGCCGACGGAAAGCGUGGCAAAGUGUCCGUGCCAAGUGGAGCGAGUACCGCUCUAAACUGGAACUGUGGCGCAUGUCGCUGAAAACCAUCGAGGGAAACUUCGGCACCGGCGUCGUAGCGUACUUCCUGUUUCUGCGGUGGUUGAUGUUCUUGAACCUGAUCGUGUUUGGGCUAGUGUCGGCCUUCAUAGUGCUGCCCUACGUAGUACUGCGGGAGCCACAGGAUCUUCCGUGCGAGCAGCAGAUAGAUCCCAGGUCUGUCCAGUGCUGUUCGGAGUCGUACGUCAAUGCGACGAAGCGGGUCGAGUUCGCCGUGUUGGAUGUGAUACAGGGGACGGGCUUCAUGGAGGGCACCCUGCUGUUCUACGGAAUGUAUACGAACAUGAUCUAUGGAUACAGUCCGUUAGAAGAUCGACUAGCAGCACGUCCUGCGCGGAUGGAAGUGCCCAUUACGACGACUACGGCUAGUAGUACGACAAUUAGCAGUAGCAGUAGUUUUAGUAGUAGCAGCAGUACUUCUAGUAGUACUACUACAAUGUCUAGUACAACUCCGCUGGGAGCGGUAGCAGAGAUUAGGAAUAGUAACUUUAGUAGUCUCAAUGGCAGCUAUUACGAGGGGCUUAUAAUGGAAAUGGGGGAAGCUAUCGACCAAAGUGCAGCGGAGGUAAGCUCAGGUACCGUUUUGUACUAUGACUUCCCGUUGGUUUACGUGAUUAUUACGGCCAUCUGCUACGUGGUGGCUCUGAUUGCCAUGAUGAAGGCUGUGGUGCGACAAUUCAAAGAUCGAAUUGCGGAGGGCGAAGGGCUGUUCUACCAGUACUGUAACUUAGUCUUCGGAGGCUGGGAUUUUUGUAUUCACAACGAAAAAUCCGCUGAUAUUAAGCAUAAGGCGCUGUACCACGAGAUUCGUUCGUUGCUUCAUACGAAGCGUUUUGAAAACGAACGCAUCAAUCGCUCUCGAGAUUUUAUGGUUAAGUUAAUUUCCAUCCGGUUUAUGAUAAAUUUGAUAGUUUUUGUGAUAUUAACGAUAGCGGUCGUAAUUAUAUAUGUGCUGUUCAAUGUGUCGAUGUCCAAAUUGGAUCCCAACUUUCAAAACAACCAUCUGAUCAAUUUCCCGCGAGGAUCCUCGUGGUCGUCGUUCCCGUCAUUUGGUUACUCUGCCAACGUGGCUGUGCCAUCCACUAGUUCAACUUCUGCGUACUACAUGAUCUCGCGAGACGGGUCCUCUGCGGCAUCGUCCCCGAUUCCCGAAGGGCUGGAAUCGAAUCUGACAGCGCGAUUGGAAGUGCUAUUUUACGAGUUCCUUCCUUACAUUGCGAUCGUUUGCAUGAAUUUGGUAGUUCCUUUAUUUUUCAAUUAUUUAGUUCAAUUUGAAAAAUAUUCUCCUCUUUUUGUGAUCAAAAUUACUCUCUUCCGGACGGUCUUUCUCAGGUUGUCGUCGCUCGCUGUGCUGUUGAGUCGAUUCUACUUCCUGGUGAAGCCAAAAAUCCAUCAAACGGUCUUGCCAACGAAUGGGACUGACACUAUGACUAACUUCACGCUGGAAGUAGUCAAUGGCACUACUAUGACCGAUCAGUGCUACGACAUGGAACGAGGAACGCCUCAAUGCUGGGAAACCUUUGUGGGGCAGCAGUUCUACAAGCUGUUCAUGGUUGACUUCGUGACGCAUUUCCUGGUGACUUUCUUUGUCAACUUCCCGAGAGCAAUGUUCGCACGACAUUCCAACAGUCGAAUCGCCAAGUUUAUAGGCGAGCAAGAGUUCGAACUGUCCAAGCACGUGCUGGAUGUGAUUUACUCACAGACGCUCUGUUGGUUGGGCACCUUUUACACGCCCUUCCUGCCAGCGAUCGCCGCUGUUUUGUUCUUCCUGAUGUUCUACAUCAAGAAGUUUGCCUGUCUAGUCAACUCGAAUCCAUCGACGAUUCUGUAUCGAGCUUCGCGGUCGAACUCGUUGUUCAUGUCUACCCUACUGAUCUCAUUCACCGUGGCCAUCAUUCCGGUGGUGUACGCAUGGGCCGAAAUCGUUCCUUCCCGAUCGUGUGGUCCAUUCCGGGGUCUUCCCACUGUGUGGGACCGUGCCAUCAAUGCAUUCAUGAAAAUGCCCUUGUUCUGCCAGAACAUAAUCUUCUACUUCGGCACUGCCUCGUUUGCCAUACCUUGCUUCGUGGUGCUCACGUUUUUCAUUUACUAUUACUACGCCGUAUCAGCGGCCAAUCGCCACAUGGUAUCGGUGUUGAAGCAUCAGCUAGUGCUCGAAGGGCACGACAAACAAUUCCUGCUCAGUCGGUUGAGUUUGUUCAUCAAGCAGCAGCAGGAAUACCAGAAACGAAUGAUGCGACAGGCGGCUGAACAGCAACAGCAGCAGCAGCAUCACCAGGGUAGUAACAAUAUCCAAGCGCAUAGCCAUCCGCAAUCCGCUCCUCCGGUAGCACCACCGAAGCCUCCACCCAAGCAGGAAGAACAGCAGCCUCCUCUACCACCGCGAGCGGAUCGCGACUCGAAACCGAGCAGUCGGGAUAGGGACCGAGAUCGGAAGGAAGGAUCCGGAGGGGAGAUUAAGUAAGGUGAUAUGGGGGAAUCGGGAGGGAGUUUCUUGAAUUUGGUACCGGCAGCGACAUACUCGCGCGAAAUUGCACUAUAUUCCUAAACCUGUUCUAUUAUGUUUUGUUCUUUGUGAUGCGUCCAAUGAUUAAAGCUUCCCCACAAUAUUGCGUUUAUAUCUUUUUGCUGGUGAUGAAUGCCUACUCUUGCCAAAUCUCGAUGCAUCUGCGCCAAUCUCUUGUUCGAGAUCCACGUUGUCUUAAGCCAGUCAUGUUCGAAUAAAUGCAAUUUCCUUAUCCUGCAGGUUGAAUAACGAACUUACUAAGCUCUCACUGUCUCCUCGACCCUUGGGUUAAUACAGAUUCAUUUAUCCCGUACCAAGAGCAUUUGAUAAGAUCGUUUUAGAGAAAAAAAAAUCGAAAUAUUAAAUGUUCAAUAUGAGGUUGGGUAUAAUGAGGUGAUGAAAAGUCCACCUUAUAAUCCUUCUAGUAAUGGAGAGAACUAUGUCUUUAAAUAGAGCUUUCAGGGUCACAA